AUGGCGAUGGGGUUGCACAUGCAGUCCGGAUUGAGGAUGGCUUUCAGGGCUGGGGGUGCGCUUGGGGACGGGCUGCGAGGUGCAGCCCAGCCGGGGCAGGGCGGGCAGGGGUGCUGGAAGCCCUCGGGGGAUCUCCCCCUCCUCCCCUCCCCGGCAUCUGAUGCUCUGCCCCGCAGCGGGGACCGGGGUGUGCGGCUCAGUUUGGAGGCAGCUUCUCCGUGCAGCAUCCCCGAGACCGGGAGGGAGAAACCCCGCCAGAGCCUUUUCAGCCCGAAAAAAAUCCGUGGGGCACCGCGACGGGACGGGACGGGGAGGGAGCGCGGCCGCGGGAGCGCGGAGUCCCGUCCCGUCGCGGUUCUCCAUGCCUCCCCGUCCACCCUCGAGCAGCGAUACCUCUUUGACAUCUCCAGCCUGCCCGAGGCGGAAGAGGUGACGGGUGCGGAGCUGCGGGUCCUGCGCGCCCUCCCUGAAAACCGGAGCUUGGCCCUGUCCCCUGAAGGCACCUUCCACCACCUCCUCCUCUCCACCUGCCCAAGCCGGGACGGCGAGGAACCCCGGCUGCUGGACUCCAGGGCUGCAGACAUUUUGGACGCCAGCUCCUCCAGAUGGGAGGUGUUUGAUGUCUGGGAAGCCCUGCGGGAUCGGAGGGAGAGGUCCCUCUCGGGCAAGUUGCUGUGCUUCCUCCUGAGGAUCGUCUCGGAUCAGUCGGGGCGGCUCCUGCCCCCCCGGCAGCUGGGGUUCAGCAAGCCCCGGCCACAGCCCCACGAGAGAGCCCUUCUCGUGGCCUUCUCCCGCACCCAGAGGAAGGAGAACCUCUUCAAGGAGAUCCGGGAUAAGAUCAGGGCUCUGGGCAGCCCCCCCUUCCUGGAGCCCCCCGAUCCGGGCCAGGAGGCGUACACCAAGCGGAGGAAGAGACGGACCACCAUCGCCGCCCGGUCUGGGGGCAAAGGCCACGGGAAGAAGGGGAAGACCCGCUGCAGCAGGAAGCCCCUGCACGUGAACUUCAAGGAGCUGGGCUGGGACGACUGGAUAAUCGCCCCCCUGGAUUAUGAGGCGUACCACUGCGAGGGGGUCUGCGACUUCCCCCUGCGCUCCCACCUGGAACCCACCAACCACGCCAUCAUCCAGACCCUGAUGAACUCCAUGGACCCAGAGUCCACCCCCCCCAGCUGCUGCGUGCCCUCCAAGCUCAGCCCCAUCAGCAUCCUCUACAUAGACUCCGGGAACAAUGUGGUUUACAAACAGUACGAGGACAUGGUCGUGGAGACGUGUGGCUGCAGGUAG